AGAAGAAAGGCAAGGAAAAGAUCAAUGGUUGAACUUGAAAAUAAAUUGGAAAAAAUUGAAAAAGAAAAGGAUUACUUCCAGCUGCUAUCUUUAGAAAUUAUUUGCAAAAUAUUUAAAUAUGUAUCUUUAUUUGAUGUUCUGAAGUUAUCGUCUCAAUGCAGGAAAUUUCAGCAAGCAGUUUCUAUGUACCUUCGUAUUCUGAAGUCCAUUGAUUUUACACAAGGUCAACUUCAUGGUUGGAUGCCGGCCACAGUGAAUGAUGAUCAUUUAAAUUCUUUAUUACCCAAAUGUCGUGAAUUAGAAUACAUUUAUGGUUUCCACCCUGCUCAUCUGUCGAAAAGAAGAUUACGUAAUUGCCGCCAUACUUUAAGUAUUCCUGGGAUCCUAGCAGCUUUGAAUUUUGCUUCAAAGUUAAAAGGAAUAGAAAUAUCGGAUAUUACUUUAUUAAGUGCUGUGUUGAAUUAUUUUCCUAAUCUGAAGAUUUUAGGAACAUUCAGAAAUAGAAUGACUGAGAGUGCUUUAGAAAAUGACAGGUUUAGUUUCACUGUCAACCCAAAAGUUACUUCCCUUCAUUUGACUGGAAUUACCAUUCCUUGUUUACCAAAAAUGGACAUGGUUCUGUAUUUGUAUUUACAUCAAGUAAAAAUAACCAAUGCUCAUCCAUUCAGGGAAUUUUUGGUUCCUAAAUUACAGACUUUCGUGAUGUCAAAUUGUUGUGGUCCUGUCAAUGCCUUGAGUUAUGUCCCUUUAUUUGCUGGUCUUGCUGCUGCUCAGCCUCUGACUAGAUUAGAACUUGUUAAAGUUCCUUUCAUGGGUGGUUUAAUACAUCAUAUUGUAGAAGAUAGUUGGAGAGCUAAUGGAUUUCGACAACUUACUAAUGUUUUGUUUAGUUCUUGUAGGAAUGCUUUAGAAAUGGAUCUUGGUUUCCUGCUAAUAACAGCUGCAGACAAAUUAAAGGAACUAAGUAUUCAACCGUCCCUGACUAAAGAUAGUUUGUUUUCUGCUCUCAAUAUGGCUGAUGUACAAUUUGAUAAUCUGAAUGUUUUAUCAUUGGGUUAUGUUGAUGUUACAUUGGAACAAGGAGAUGUAUCUGUAUAUGAGUUUGGAAACAAUGUGGUUGAAAGUCCUGCUAUGAUAACAGAUAAUGGUAUGAAGGCUGUAGGUCAGACAUUUCAAGAUAUCUCCCAGAUGGAAGUCUAUAAUUGUCCACAUUUAAUACAACCCUGUACCUGGUUUUCAUCUGUGGUUGUUAACUGGGCAUAUCUUCAACACCUGACAUUACGUAGAUGUCACUCUGUUAGGUUACAAGAUUUCUCAACAUUUAUCAGUCAUCUACCUCGACUAGAGAUGUUACAACUAGAGUAUAUGUUUAGAGAACCUCCUAAAGGGUGUUCAAGGGUUGGACUGAGUGCUGGUACAGGGCUGGGAGUAUCAUCUGCCUUGGUACAGAAUCAUGCCCAUGGUAACGACAUUCAGCCCAAUCAACCAGCAGACGAGGAACAGGAAGUGGAAGACGAGGAUGACCUCAAUAAUAAUGACGAUGAAGAAAUGAAUCGAGCAGAAGAAGCUGAUGAUGAUGAAAACAUUGAAAUUGAACCCAUUAUUAUGUUGAACAAUGCUAGAGCUGUACCUGUUAGAAAUCAACAAAAUGUCAGACUUGUUGCUAAUGACAAUGACAAUGUCAAUGAUGCUGAAGGAAAUAUAGCCGAUGAACCUCCAUUGCCUGCUGAGCAACCGCCCUUACCACCAGAACCACCAAAGAAAAAGACUGGUACAACUGGGUCUACAAGAAAAUCAUCAUCCAGACAGACAUCAAAGAAAAGUCAAAAUGGCAGUAUGGGUAACGAAGGUCAGACAUCAGCAGGACGAUCUCGAAGAUCAAGUGUGUCGUUGAAGCGUAAGAAGAGUAUCCAUGAUAAAGCCACUAGUACUAGUGAUCCUGUGAUGGAAGAUGAUCACAUACAGGUAUUAUUACUCAGAUCAGAUAGUUUGGUGUGUGUUAAGUUACAUAUGGUAGGAAUCACUGAUUUAAUUAUAGAAGAUUGUCCUGAACUCUCCUCAGUUAGCGGUAGUGCUUGUCGGGUUUUAAAGAAAGUUACUAUCUACAGUGCCCCCAAUCUGAGUAAAACUAACUUUGUUCAGUGUAAGAAAUUAGAUCAAACACAUCUGGUGAACGAAGUUUGUGAUCAGAUCAGUGAACACAACAGAGUCAUCUUCUUACGACCCAUGCAUGAGUUCAAUCUACGUGAUUUUGAAGCUAUGUUGUUUCAACAGCCUGAUAUUUGUUAUUACAUAGGUAUAAUAUAUGAUUAUAGCCCGUGUCCUAAUCAAACCCUGUAUAAUAGAGUCAGGGUUACUAACUGGCUAGAAUUGUUUAGUAGAUUAAAUAUUGAUUUUGUGAGAUGUAUGGAUUUUGUAGAAACAAGUUGGUACAGAGUCGAUGCUAAUACGUAUCCAUGGAAACGAGAUAUAUACAGAAUGCAAGGUUUAAAUGAGAAUGGUAGUAAAUGGGAGAUGAUAACUGAUAUACCAUGGAUCAGAAUGUUAUCUCAAUGUCCAGAUAUUAAACAUCAUAAUCAAGUUGCUGACGAUUUUAAAGGUGGACUUUACUGUCAAGGGGCUAAAGGUCAUUUCAAUAAGGAAGAUGCAAGAGACGGUAUCGUUUUUGAUCUUGCUGAAUUCCAGGAUGCAAAUCAGACAUUUUUUAUAAAUAAUAUUAUUGUGUAUUUUAAUAUGUGUGAUACUUCAGGUGUACCAACACCAGAUUUCUAUUUGUAAUAAAUUAGUUG